ACUCUGUCUCCUUCUACAUCUCUACCUUUCUUCUUAUCCCAAUUCCUACCCCUAAAUUUCUCUUCUAAAAGCUUCUCAUGCUCCAACACUAAAACUCCCCCACCAAAAAUGGUUCCUUCGGAUUUUUCAACCAUGUUUCUUCACUUCGUUUUCUUCGUCAUGGUUGUCAAUGGCGAGCAGGAUACUAUUUACGGGAUCCUAAAAGCCCAUGGACUGCCCAAGGGACUUCUUCCCAAAGGAAUAACCCGUUUCGACUUUGACGAUACGGGUCGGUUCGAGGUUCAUUUGGAUCAGCCCUGCAAGACCAAGUUCGAAAGCGAGAUGCAUUACGAUAGGAACGUGUCGGGGACUCUGAGUUACGGGCAGAUCGGGGAGUUGUCGGGUAUUUCUGCUCAAGAAUUGUUUCUUUGGUUCCCGGUUAAAGGGAUUCGGGUCGACUAUCCAAACUCGGGUCUUAUUUAUUUUGACGUCGGUGUUGUUUUCAAGCAGUUCCCGUUGUCGUUGUUCGAAUCGCCGAGGGAUUGCUUGGCGGUUCAGCAUUCUGAAUCCGGUCAUUCGAUUGGAGAUGUCGAGUUGUCAUCUGAUGCAAUCUCCAAGAAUCGAUAUGAACAUGGUGAAGAAAUUUUUGGGAGAAACGAAAUGUAGAAAGGCGGGCAAAGGAAGUGGUGCAAUAGCUCAAUCAGUUUUGCAAUCAAAUCAGUGGUAUUUUGGGGUAUGUCCCCCACAGGUUGUAAAUUUGCACGCUUCCAUCAUGUGUGCUCUGCUUGUGUUUUCUUUCUUUAUUCUAUAUAGUGCAGUCAUCGGCCAUUGAGGAAGAAUGGAAGAUUUGGGAAGCUAUAUUUAAGAUGAUUGUCAUGGUUGGUUUGCCAUAUGGAAAGAUAAAAUUGCGAUGGGAAUGGCGAUUUCAGGUGAUAAAAAUCCGGCAAAAUUUUAUUUAUAUGUUAGUUUGUUCAUUGUGUUAUUCAUAUGGUUGUUAAAUUGAGUCUCUUUUUGUUGGAGUAGAGAAGCUUUAGUUUGAUGAGACAGAUAAGAACACAUCGAUCAAUGUUCAAUAAUAAAACUGUAUUGGUUCA